AUGGACCGGAAUGAGAGUAGUGUCGUUAAAGACACAUUCGUUGACAUCAACACUUCCGAGUUCCCCAUCCUGGGUGACAACGUUUCACCUGUGACACCAUACGAUCACCCAAGCAUGCGGCAUAACCAUCAUCGAAUUAGUAUGUAUGGGGGAAAUAAGCGCAAGCUCGCACAUUCUCCGCUAUCACAGACACAGUCGUCCACAUCGUCUAUGACGACGUCUAGAGCCUCUCUCUCGUUAACGGACCGCCUCACUUUAAUGAACAUUCCUACGCAAGACCUCAAAGGCUCUGUAUUCUACGGAUGGCUUUGGAAGCGUGGACAUUCGUUUAAGACAUGGAAAAAGCGAUUUUUUCUACUAAAUGGCGUUGCACUCACAUACUACAAACAGUGUUGUGUUAUCGCCUCAGACGUGCUAGGUGGGGGCACUCAGUGCCUUGAUUUGCCAAUUAGAGGCGGUCUACGCGUCGCCAAGGCCGAAUUUUCAGACAUGACGACAUUUGGUCUCAAGAUUACUAGCUCUAGUGGACGUGUGCUCUACGCUCAAGCAGGCGAUCAAGCUUCACGCGAGCAGUGGCUCAAGGUGCUCGAAGAAGCGCCAUUAAUGCGUGGCAUGGCGGAAACGAUUCGUGGGACUAUGGUCAGCGAACUUUUAACACAAAGUACGGAUGGCGGCUCACCAAAGAUGGACACGGCGUUAAGUGUACUAAGCAGCGAAGAUGACGAUGAUGCGCCGAGCAGUGAUAUGCAGGGCUAUCUCUAUAUGCGCACAGGACUCUUUUCAACCUGGAAAAAGCGUUUUAUGAAGCUCACAAAUGGACAGCUCACAAUACGACGAAAUCGCACAUUACGGAAUUCAGAACCAAUGGAAGCUGACAAGCCGCUGCAAGUUAUAACAGCAGUGCGAUGGAAUGGUCAUUCCCAUGGUUUAUGCAUUCGAUUGGAGAAUCGCAAGGAGCUCUUUGUGUACGCCGAUCAUGACGCUGAUGCGACCAUGUGGUUAAAUGCACUAAAGAAUUGCUGA